GCCAUAACACACUGAGCAAGGGCGCACUUCAAUCUUUACCCAACAUCUUGUUAGCUGUAGCAAAGUUCGGCGAAGGUCGAGAAAUGGCGACUGCUGCAAAACGACAAAAGGUAGAUGAAGGUGCAGAUCUCCUUCACGACUUUCUUCAAUGGUGUGACAAAGUUAGUUUGCACCUGAGCGAAAAGGUGUGCGUUUGUCAAGAAGGAACAGUAGCAGAUUAUGGGAUGCUUGCUAAAGCGGACAUCGAAGAAGGCGAGGUUUUAUUUACAAUCCCUAGGUCCGCUCUCCUCCACCAGAGAACUACAGCCGUGUCUGCCUUGUUGCAAAAAGAGGCUGCGUCUCUGCAGAGCUCCUCCUGCUGGGUCCCUCUGCUGCUGGCUCUGCUGUAUGAGUACACGUCCCCUCAGUCUGACUGGAAGCCUUACCUGUCUCUGUGGCCUGACUUGCGGAGGCUGGAUCAUCCCAUGUUCUGGUCUAAGGAGGAGCGGGACCGGCUGCUAAGGGGAACCGGCGUGCCAGAGGCCGUGGAUAAGGACUUAUCCAACAUCCAGCGGGAAUACGAAGAUGUUGUUCUGCCCUUCAUGACCAGACACCCUGAUCUGUGGAACCCAAAGACACACACCUUGGAGUUGUACACAGAGCUGGUGGCCUUCGUCAUGGCCUACAGCUUCCAAGAGCCGCAGGAGGAUGAGGAUGACGAUGAGGAGGAGAAACCCCCCAACCCGCCCAUGAUGGUUCCCAUGGCAGACAUGCUCAACCAUGUGUCCGAUCACAACGCCAACCUGGAGUUCUCAGCAGACAGCCUGAAGAUGGUGAGUGUGCGUCGCAUCCACGCCGGGGAGGAGGUGUUUAACACGUAUGGGCAGAUGGCUAACUGGCAGCUUCUACACAUGUACGGCUUCACCGAGCCGUACCCCAACAACAGCAACGAGACCGCCGACAUUCCCGCCGCCAACCUGCACAAAGCUGCCAUGCAAGAGGCGCUGUUCGACUCAGAGCGGGCGAUGGUGGAGGUGCGAUGGGAAACGCUGUCUGGGAUGACGCAGGACAGAGAAGCCUUCAUCUUCAGUGAACAUGGCUGUCUGACAGACUCAGAGCUGCACACCGCUCUCAAGGUUUUCUGUAUGUCUGAGGAAGAGUUUUCGGAUUUCAAAGACAACGAAGGCUGGGAGGAAGACGACGAGGACGAGGAGCAGAUUUCUCAGGCCUUCUCCAACGACGGCCUUCCUGGAUUGAAGCCGUCGUGGAAGCGACUGAUUCACGAGGCUGCCCGGCUGACGCUUCAGUCCUACGGGGGCGGCGAGGACCGCGACUGGGCGCUGAUAAAGGACGAUGCAGCCCUGAAAGGGCUGAGCAGCAGGCAGCAGAGGGCGCUGCAGGUCCGCUUUGGACAGAGGAGGAUUCUGUGCAGACUUAUGGAGCUCACAGGAUCAUGACCGCCUUUUCCUUUGGCAUUCUGGGGCGGCAGACAGACGAGUGACACAUUUCUACGUCAAUAAAAACAUGAUUCAUAAAACUGGGA